GUGUCACUGGUAAAACUAUGUAUAUAGCAAUCAAUCAAUCAUCAUCUCUCACUUCUCCGUGUUAGCUUCAUCUUCCGAUUUCAAUAUUCAACGUUGUGUUAUCUUCUUCUUCAUAAAUCCGACGAAUUUCAUCAGAUAUUCCAAGGAAUCUUUGAUUUCUCUCUGUAAAAUCAUCUUCCAAGAGAACGUAGUUGUCGGAGACCGUCGUACGUUACGUGGUGGAGAUGAGUUCGGCUCUACCAUUGAAGCUUUUGUUACCUCUUACAACUACAUCACUACCUUCUCCGUUCCGAUCUGAUAACCCUAAUUUCUAUCGCCGUCGUUCCUCUUUCUCUACUUCGUGUUCUUCCCAAUCUCCUUGUCCUUCUCCACUUUUCUCUGUUAGACGGCGCCGAUUUAGAUCCUCCUCUCCCUCUAUUCCCAUGUGCUUUCCUGAACACACGAGGGAUCAAGAGGACGUUGAUAUUUGGAUAAACAAAGAGGACAAUGUGAAAUGUAGGUUCGAAUCUGAUGAAGACACCACCACCACCGGACUCCGGAUUCCAACUCAGGCUCAGGCUAUCGUUGAAGGACCUGGUUCAGUUACUGUGUCAGAGCUACAACCAAUCCCUGAUGUAGAUUAUAUACAAGAGCUGUUGGCUAUACAACAACAAGGACCUAGAUCAAUUGGCUUCUUUGGAACAAGAAAUAUGGGUUUCAUGCAUCAAGAGCUCAUUCAGAUUCUUAGCUAUGCAAUGGUUAUAACUAAAAACCAUAUAUACACUUCAGGUGCAUCUGGAACCAACGCAGCUGUUAUAAGAGGUGCACUUAGAGCAGAGCGACCGGAUCUUCUCACAGUUAUCUUACCUCAAAGUCUGAAAAAACAACCUCCUGAGAGCCAGGAACUACUGUCAAAAGUACAAAACGUGAUAGAAAAGCCUCACAACGACCAUUUACCAUUAUUAGAAGCCAGCAGGCUUUGUAACAUGGACAUCAUAUCACAAGUGCAACAAAUCAUCUGCUUUGCGUUUCAUGACAGUAAGCUUCUCAUGGAAACAUGUCAAGAAGCCAAAAAUCUCCGGAAGAUUGUUACUCUCUUCUAUCUCGAUUGAUUAAUUUCGGUUUCCCUUACUGUUUUAGUUCAUCUUCCACUUUGAAGAUAUAUUCGGAUAAAGACAAUCUCCAUUGUAAAUUAGGAAUUCUCAUCUUGCACAUACACAUCCUAUUCUUUGUCUUACAUCCUAAAUAUUUUUUUAUUUGCUAUA